AUGUCAAUAAGCGAAUUGCCUUGUGUUUACAUACAUAGUUGUUGUGAUGAUGAUCCAUUGAAAACAAUUAAAUUAAUGAGGAAUGAUGAAAAUAUUGAAAUUUGUAACAAUGAAGGAAAUAUUUUAUCAAAUCAUUGGACAAUUGACUGCAAAUAUUACACUGCUGAUAUAAAUUUGUGUACUUCCGUCAGUUUAAAUGAACUAUCCGAUCAAUUUGUACAUAACAUUAAUGCUAUAAUUAUUCUUUUCAACAUUGAUGAAAGCAAUAUUAUAGAAACCAUGAAUAAAUGCUUACCUUUAGUUAAGAGAAGUCAAGCUGAGGUUUUGAUACUAUUGAGUGAAAAAAACAUAGAAGGUCACGUCAUGUCCAAUAAUGUAUUUGAAUGGUGUAGAAAAAACUAUUUUGAAUUAAUUGUGCUGGAAGAAAUUGCUGAUGAAAUGGAUACAACUGGAAUUGAACGUGUUAAACAAGCCCUUUAUGCACAUCACUGGCCAAAUCUUAAAGCUAAAUGUCAAAUAACAAAUCCUAGUACAAAAUCAAUAAUCGAAGAUAGUGUAAUAAAUUCGCAAUUAAGUGGAGGAUUAUCAGAUUUAAAAAUGGACACAGAACAAGAAGCUGAGUUGGAUAGCAAUUUAUUUUCUGAGAUGUUUGAAGGAGAUUUUAAUUUUUUCAAAACUAUUGACAAGGUAAGAAAGUUAAAAGAACAAAUUUCUGCAAUGCCCGAUGAAGAAAGAAAAGAUGCUGCUGAAAAGACAUUAACAGAGUGUUGGAAAGCAUUUUUUGGAGAUGAUGUAGACAUUUAA